CAACAACAUAAGAACAUUAGUAACAACAACAACAACAACAAGGACAACAGCAACAACGGCAAUAAACACAAAGCCAACGACAGCAACAGCAACAACACAACAACAACAACAACAGCAACAACAACAACAACAGCAACAGCAGCACAACAACAGCAACAACAACAAGAACAAAGACGACAGCAACAGCGGCAACAACGACAAAAACAACCUCAUCGUUAA